AUGUAAUGGCCUCUUCAUGCGUAUAUCACAUGAAUCUCUCUCUUUCUCUCAUAUAUACAUGGCAACUUAUAGUUUGGGAUCCUACAUCUAAAGAAAUCUUUUAAAACUUAUACUACAGAACCUACUAAUGAAGGCAAUAUUAUUCAACACCAUAGGGGCAUCGCUACCCACGGCCACCUUAAGGUCAAGAAGACCAACCCCAUCUACUUGUUUUUCCUCGUUCAAUCGAGGUCAGCCACCACUAGUUGUAUCAAAAGCGUGCCUCUCUAUAGCCGGCAUGAAAUUAGCUGAACCAAAUCCCACUAUUCGACGUUCAGGGAAUUACAAACCUACUAAGUGGGAUUUUGAAUAUAUUCAGUCCGUCAACAAUAAUUACGUGGGAGAGAAGUAUAUGAAGCGCUUUAAUGAACUAAAAGAGGAAAUGAAGAAGAUGAUGGUUGACGAGAGAUCAGAAGAAUUAGAAAAGUUGGAGCUGAUUGAUAAUUUACAGAGGCUUGGAGUGAGUUACCACUUCAAGGAUGAAAUCAAGCAAAUAUUGGGGACCAUUCACCUAAGUGUGGCCACUGGAGAUCCAUUAUACUCCGCAGCCUUGAAAUUUAGGCUCUUGAGACAACAUGGUUUUCAUAUCUCUCAAGAGAUAUUGAACGAUUUCAAGGAUGAAAAUGACAAUCUGAAGCAGAGUUUUUGUAACGACACAAAAGGUUUGUUACAACUAUAUGAAGCUUCGUUUCUCUCUACAGAAACUGAAACCACUUUAAAAAAUGCAACAAGAUUCACAGUGGCACAUUUAAAAAAUUAUGUUGAUAAUCAGUAUUACGAUACUGAAGACAAUAAUCUAAUGGUGGAAUUAGUCCUUCAUGCCUUGGAACUUCCAAGACAUUGGAUGGUGCCAAGAUUAGAGACAGAAUGGUAUAUUAGCAUUUAUGAGAGAAUGCCAAAUGCUAAUCCUCUGUUGCUCGAGCUUGCUAAGUUGGACUUUAAUAUUGUUCAAGCCACAUAUCAAGAAGAUUUGAGAAUUCUGUCAAGGUGGUGGAAGAACUCAUGUCUUGCAGAAAAGAUGUCAUUUUCAAGGGAUAUACUGGUGGAGAAUUUUUUUUGGGCAGUUGGAAUAAUGUUUGAGCCUCAACACAGCUAUUUUCGGAGAAUGAUCACGAAGGUCAUUGUUUUUGUUUCAAUCAUAGAUGAUAUUUAUGAUAUUUAUGGCACUCUUGAUGAAUUGGAAGUCUUCACUGAUGCUAUUCAAAGAUGGGAUACCAAAGCAAUGGAACAAUUUCCAGACUAUAUGAAAGUGUGUUAUCUUGCACUCUUCAAUAUUAUCAACGAAGUAGCGUAUGACGUUCUCAAAGAUAAAGGGAUCGAUGUCCUGCCCUACCUUACAAAAUCAUGGGCAGAUUUGUGCAAAUCAUACUUACAAGAAGCAAGAUGGUACCACAAUGGAUAUAAGCCAAGUCUGGAAGAAUACAUGGAUAAUGCAUGGAUUUCAAUUGCAGUUCCUAUGGUAUUAGUCCACGCUUUGUGUCUUGUCACCAAACCAAUAACUAAAGAGACAUUUGAAUCCUUAAGCAAUUAUCCUGACAUAAUUCGUUUCUCUGCUACAAUUUUUCGGUUUGCUGAUGAUUUGGAGAUAUCAUCGGAUGAGUUGAAAAAAUGUGACGUUCCCAAGUCAAUUCAGUGUUACAUGAACGAAAAGGGUGUUUCCGAAGAAAAGGCAAGAGAACACAUUAGAGUUUUGAUAAAGGAGAGAUGGGAAUCGAUGAACACAGCUCAGAGGAAAAAUUCUCUAUUUUCUGAAACAUUUGUUGGAAUAGCAAAAGAUAUUGCAAGAACAGCACACUUCAUGUAUCUUCAUACUGAUGUUAAAAGUAGCAUCUCCAAAAUACUUUUUGAGCCUAUCACCAUUCCUAAUGUUCCAUUGGUUCCCAAGUAAUUUAUCCCUGAGAAUUCGUGACAGUGCUUUGAUUUUAUGUGUAGCCCGCAGAGGUGGAUUCAAGAUUUGAAGUUUAUUAGUUCAUGUAAGGGUCUCAAGUUAAUAUUUAAUAUUAACUGGCUUCACAGUCGAAUAUUUAUA